UCUGGGUAUUGGGUUCGGGGACGUCCCAGGUGGAUGUUUCUCGUUGCCCCUCCCCUCCCCCCGGCCACAGCCGAAGCUCGGCUGGAAAAGUCAGGUUCGGCGCCUUCUGGGCCCCCCCGACGGCGCAUGGCUUCUGUCCGUAGCCACUUUGGCUCCCAGCCGCUCUGGGCUCCAGGCGCCGCCCCUGGCCUGCGCCCUCCUACCCUGCCCAUAUGCCGGUGCGCCCUGGCGCCGGCAGGCCGUGGUGCCGCCGCGCGGCGCGAUGGCUUGCGCUGGCAGCCGCCGCGGCGCUGGCCCCCGCGCGGCCGCGCGCAGCGGCGUCGGCGGCGCUCCCGGCGGCGCCGACGCCGAGGCCCCUGCGUGCGCAGCGCCGCGGGCUGCUGCUGGGCUGGAGCGCGGCGUCCGCGGCCGGCACCGCCGCGGCCAGCUCGGCGCGGGCCGAGGGCGGCCGCAUGCGGCAGGUGAUCCUGCGGCAGUACGGCGACCUCAGCGACCCGUCGCUGGCGCGCGUCGAGGACGCGCCCGAGCCGUCGCUCGCGGAGGACGAGGUGCUGGUCCGGGUCAGGGCCGUGGGCUUGAACCCGAUCGACUUCAAGAUUGCCGCCGGCAAUCUGGGAGGCGUCGCGCCCCUGCCGAUCUUCCCCGGCACCGACUGCAGCGGCGUGGUGGAGAGGGUCGGCUCGCGGGUCUCCUCGCUCCAGGUGGGCGACGAGGUCUUCGGCAACGGCUUUGGGUUCCUGGCCGACCUGGCGGCCGUGAAGGCGGACAGGCUGGCGCCGAAGCCCAAGUCCUGGUCCUUUGAGCGCGCCGCCGCGCUGCCCACCGUGGGGCUGACCACCAGCGUCGUGCUCGCGGCCUCGCCGGGCCUCGCCGGCAAGUCGGUGGUGGUAGUGGGCGCCUCCGGUGGCGUGGGCACGCUGGCCCUGCAGGCCGCCCGGGCGGCGGGCGCCGCGAGGAUAAUAUGCGGUGUGUUCGGGCCGCAACGCCGACUUCGUUCGCGGGCUGGGCGCGGACGAGGUGCUGGAUUACACGCUCGGUGA